AUGAGCAACACAGACAGCGGACCGGAAGGGAAAGUCCCAAUAUUACUAUUGAAGACCAAAUCAGUCCCCAAUGAUACUUACGCAGAGCGCUUCUCCACGCUGAAAGAUGGAAUCCGCUUCGAGCCGAGUUUCAUUCCCGUCCUGGAGCACACGCUCCAAGAGAAGGGGUUGAAGGUUAUACGGAAGUUGCUACGAGGAGACAAGAUUGGAAAACAUGAACUCGCAACGCAUGGUGGCAUGGUUUUCACAUCCCAACGAUCCGUGGAGGCAUUUGCGAAAGUGAUGUCCGACAUGGCCGAGAUUGGAGACGGUGACGGUACUUGGCCACUUCUAGAAGAAAUUCCUAUAUAUGUCGUGGGGCCUGCUACUCUUAACGCUGUACGGUCGAUUCCGCAACUGCCAUCUCUCCAGGUCUUUGGCGCUGAGACGGGCAAUGGGGAAGCAUUGGCAGAGUACAUCAUGGAGCAUUAUUCGGAGUGGUAUGGACACUUAAAUGAGAGGCCUCCGUUACUAUUCCCAGUUGGCGAGCAGAGGCGUGAUACCAUCCCCAGGCGUCUGAUGGAUCCAGGAUUACCCUACGGCACACAGAUACCGGUUGACGAGGUCGUGGUCUACAAGACCGGAGUUAUGAAAUCAUUCGAGGAAGAAUUCAAACUAAAGCUGCAGAAGACCGAGAACAGAACCUCCAGAUGGGUCGUCGUGUUCUCGCCGACGGGCUGUGAAGCCAUGCUACGUUCGUUGAACAUGCUAGACCCAGACACAGGCAAAGCCAAGCCAGCGGACCAACUCAAGGGCGAAAGAAAUACGUAUAUUGCCGCCAUUGGACCUACCACCAGGGACCAUCUGAGAAAGGACUUUGGCUUUGAGCCAGAUGUCUGUGCUGAGAGGCCGAGCCCUGAAGGAGUGGAAUCUGCUAUUAUGAAAUAUAUAAGACAACAUCGCUAG